AUGGCCACCACGGAAGAAGUCCAAAGCUGGCUCCAAGUAAUGGCCCUCAACGACUCCUACUACGGCGCAACCAUCGCAGACAAGCUGAAAGUUGUGAAAGCGCGCCCAGGCGCAGUGGUCUUUGAGCUCCUCGUCGACGGGCCUAUGCUCAAUUUCGCAGGGUCUAUACAUGGCGGGCUUUUGGCGACUUUAGUGGAUGAAUGCACGACCUUUGCAAUAAUGUCCGCGGGCCACAAGCCAGGUCUCAGCGUCGAUAUCACAGUGCAGUACCUGUCCACCGCAAAGGAAGGCGAGACGAUAUCGGUUGCGGCGACGUUGGAUAAGGCGGGGCAUAAUAUGGCGUUUGCCCGCUGUGUUGUGGGGUUGAAGGGGUCUGACAAGAUUAUUGCAACUGGAUCGCAUACGAAGUUUUUAAAUGUGAAAUUGUGA